CUGUUUGUGUUGAGGGUCCAGGAGCUAACUCCAGGUGUUUUGGGCAUGCCAGAAAUGCUCCCUAUCACAUGCUAUUUGAUUACUUAGUUUAAAAUGGUGCAAAAGUCUAUAUAAAUGAGAUGCUUGAUGACCUACAGCCACUGUCUUGACAUCAUGCUUCCCCAGUUCCUGAUAGUGUUCCUGGUGUGUGGGUACAUUGAGGGAUCACCAAGGACGGUGGAUCCACUGUGGACCUGCCCUACAUCGCCUCAGGCAUGUGUCCCGAUGUCUCCAUCCCAGUACCCAGCCCACGAGUGUCAGGUAGACGGGGACUGCGAGGCUGGAGCCAGGUGCUGUUACUCGGGAUGUACACGAAGAUGUCUUCUGCCUGAUCCUUGUGACAAAGUGAUUUGCAAGACUGGAUAUUCGUGUCUAGUUCGAGACACACCCUGUUCAAAGCCACCGUGCCAAAAAGAGGCUACCUGUGUCCCAGAAACCCAGGUGCGGUGUCCUCAGUUAAAUUGUGCCACUACCACGUGUCCAGCUGGUCAAUCACGUGUGGUAGACAGUACCGGAUGUCAGACGUGUCAGUGUGAAGCAAAGAAAGCAUGUAUUCGCAACUGUGUUUUAUUUUGUAGCUAUGGCAACGUGCUGGACUCAAACGGUUGUCCUACUUGUAAAUGUAUACCUGAGCCUGAACAUCCCUGCACAAAAAUGAGUUGCGCCAGUACACAAGAAUGUCGACUUGUAAAGAGCAACUGUGAGAGAGCACCUUGCAAGCCAAUAGCUACAUGUGUCCCAAAGUCAAAAGUCUACUACGACAAUACGUGCAGUUUCAAGGAUAAGACCACGGCAGGCUACCCUGUGGUUGACAAUGUCACAGAAAUAGACUGCUUACAAAAACCUUGUAGCGAUGGUACAGUGUGUACGCAACUGGGCACCAACUUGAACAGAUGUUGUUGGCAACACACGCAAGAGAAAGUCCUAGAACCACCAAAAGUUGGAGAAUGUCCCCAAGAAUACAUGCUAGACGGAACUGAGAUGUCGCAAACCUGCGAAAUUGAUGCCCAGUGCCCAGGUGACCAGAAAUGCUGCUACCGAGAUAUGAGGCCUGGAACUGUUCGAUUCUACGGCGGUUGCUUCACCCCAAUUCACAAGAUUGUUGAGAAUGCUGCAGAAUUUUGCAGCAAGAAUCCGAUUCUGUACUAUGUCUUUAACUCAGUGGGACUUUGCUAACUUUUCUAAUACAAGAGAAUACUUGAGUUAACUUUUCUAAGACAAGAGAAUACUUGAGAUAACUUUUCUAAGACAAGAGAAUACUUGAGCUAACUUUUCUAAUACAAGAGAAUACUUGAGCUAACUUUUCUAAUACAAGAGAAUACUUGAGUAAACUUUCAAAUAUAAAAGUAA